CUUCACUCACAUGCCAGUGCCAUACCUCCUACCUUGAUGGACACAUCAGUUGUCUACGCUGACUUAAACUUAGCCAGGACUCAGGGGCUUAGCCAGGCAUCACAUUCAUCUCUUCACACAGAUGCCUGUCAGUGCCCACACUGGCGUCAGUUGGUCCUGGAACUCAGCUGUGCUUGGCUGAUCCUUCUUGUCUUGAGCCUGACUGGACUCAGUGUCUCAGUGGGAUUCUUAGCGCAAAAACCACCAACAGAAAAAUGCAGUGUGGCUGCUCAAGAGAACAGGACUGAACCAAAAGGGGGAUCAGCCAUGCUAAAGUGCCCGAGAGACUGGCAUUCAUACCGAGAGAAAUGCUUAUUUAUUUCUCAAACUUCAGGACCUUGGUCUGAAGGUCUAACUGAUUGCUCUGUGAAAGAAGCCACUUUGUUGUUCAUUGAAGAUGAAGAAGAAUUGAAAUUCAUCCGGGAUUUCUUAAAGAGCAAAGAACAUCAGUUUUUUAUUGGACUGCAUUAUGUAUCAGCAGAGAAGAUGUGGAAGUGGAUCAAUGGCUCUACUUUAAACCCUGACCUAUUACAGGUCACUGGAAAGGCCAAAGAAGACAGCUGUGCUGUUAUCUCGAAGACAGAAGUGUUUUCUGACACCUGUUCUGCAGACAACCGCUGGAUCUGCCAAAAGAAGCUGAAACAUGUCUGAAACCCUGUGUCCUGACUCCUGACUGCAAAGCUCAUCUCCAUUGCUUUACCUUCCACCCCAGAUCUAUGCACUGAACUGUCAAGCCCUCCCAGCACAGUUAGUGGCACAAAGCAUGGUUCAUAAAACCUUGGUGACUCUUACUGA